AUGAAUCCUUGUGUUUUUGUAAUUUUCUCACUUCUCUUGCUACACGCUAAGACUAUAACUUCCAACCAAUUAGGAGGAGGAGAUGAAAAUGGUGUUAUUAUGAGAAAGUAUUCUGAUAAGGAAAGACGUGCUCUUCUUGAUUUCAAAUCUCACCUCCAAGACCCCAAUGAAACUCUCUCUACAUGGAGAGCUGAAGAAGAAAAUUGUUGUAAAUGGAGAGGAGUCACGUGUAACAACCAAAUAGAUCAUGUCACAGGGCUUGAUGUUGAUGGACUUGGUCUUGAAGGUGAGAUUAGCAAUUCAUUGCUUAAUUUAAACAGUUUGAAUCAUCUUGAUCUUUUUGGAAAUUCUUUUCAUGGAACCAUUCCCACCUUCAUUGGUUCCAUGACUCGUUUAAGGUACCUUAACCUUGGUUGGAAUCAAUUGAAUGGAGCCAUUCCCAGGUCCAUUGGUUCCUUGACAGAAUUAAGUGAGCUUUACCUUUCUGGUAACUCCCUUUAUGGAAUCAUUCCUCCAGAGUUUGGAAACCUCACCAACCUGGUUGAUCUUUGGCUUGGAAUUGGAUCUAGAGUUGAGAACCUACAGUGGUUAUCUCAUCUUUCUCAUUUGGAGUUACUUGAAAUGAAUGGGAUUUCUCUAUCCAAACAAAAUUAUUGGGUAGAUGUGAUUUUGAGUCUCCGAAAACUAUCCUUUUUAAGUUUAGAUGGAUGUGAGCUGUCACAUGUCAUGUAUCCAUAUUCUUCUUCAUUUCUCAACUCUUCUUCAUCUAUUGAAUACCUUUCUCUUGGAAACAACAAUCUCAACUCAUCCAUGUAUGGUUGGUUGUUCCCAUUCACCAGCAAUAAGCUUCGCAUUCUUGAUAUCUGUGGCAACAUGUUAUUAAGGAAUGAGAUAUCACGUAUCUUUCAUAUCUGUAUUGUGAUUCAUAUUGUAAAUAAUUGGUCAUAUACAGUUGUAUUUUACCUGUAUCCUUUCCUAGUUUAG